UAUAUAAAUACGUAUAUAUAUUAUAAAAACAAGAUUCUGCAUAUUAUUUAUUGAUCUUUGAAUCAGUUUCAACUAAAAACCCCGUGUUCUCUGGACCUCUGCAAGCUAAUCAUACAUAUGAAGAACACUUAUGUCAAUUUGCCUAGAAAGAGGCCAACAUCAGUACUUUGUAUCAUUCUUUUUGGCGCUAUAUUAGUUUCGUCGACUUUCUUUAUAGCAGGCGCAAUCAUCGGUGUAAAUCAUAAACAGUUACAACAGCUACGGGCAAUCGUGGUUCAAAAGUUUCCAGAACUACAAAAGCCUGAGGUUACACCAACAAACGUAUGCCAGAAUCAAUGCAGUCCUGAUGGAAGUGAAGCUUUACCUAAAGGUAUUGUAGCGAAAACAUCUGAUCUAGAGAUGCGGCCAUUAUGGGGACCACGUAAGAAACGGAAGAAUCCGAAAGCACCAAUGAGCUUGUUGGCUAUGGCAGUUGGAAAGAAGCAAAAAGCAAAUGUGAAUGAAAUGAUUAAGAAGUUCCCAUCGGAUGAUUUUGUGAUCAUGCUCUUCCAUUAUGACGGGAUUGUCGAUGAUUGGAAGGAUCUAGAAUGGAGUAGUCGCGCCAUACAUCUUUCGGCUAUUAGUCAAACAAAGUGGUGGUUCGCUAAGAGGUUCUUGCACCCAGAUGUUGUUUCCGAGUAUGCUUACAUUUUCCUUUGGGAUGAAGAUCUUGGUGUCCAAAAUUUUGAUGCCGGAAGAUAUGUAUCGAUAAUUAGAAACGAAGGGCUUCAUAUCUCACAGCCUGCACUCGAUCCUGAGAAAUCAGAGGUGCAUCAUGAAAUGACAACACGAGAAAAAGGGUCAACAGUACACAGAAGGAUUGAAAGAAUGAGUCGUUCGAAAAAGAACUGCUAUAGAAACAGUACAGAUCCUCCAUGUACAGGGUGGGUCGAAAUGAUGGCUCCCGUGUUCUCAAAAGAAGCAUGGCGGUGUGUAUGGUAUAUGAUUCAGAAUGACUUGAUUCACGCGUGGGGGUUAGACAUGCAACUGGGCUAUUGUGCACAAGGUAAUAGAACACAAUAUAUUGGGAUUGUUGACUCGGAGUAUGUUGUUCACUAUGGUCUUCCUACACUCGGCGGUUCAGAAAACAAGACAAAUAGUGAAUCACCCAAACAGCCUACACAAGAUACGGUCUCAUUGGAAUCCAAUCACAUUGAUAUAAGAACUGAGGUUAGAAAGCAGUCAUUUAACGAACUAGAAACAUUCAAGAGAAGAUGGCGAAAAGCAGUUGAAGAAGAUGACUGUUGGGUUGAUCCAUACAACCAUCAGUAACACAAACUUAUUAUCACACAAAAUCCCUUUGUUUCCAUUAUUUUUAAAGAUACAAUAAUUUAACAAAUAUACAUCUUUUCAAAUUCAUAUGUAUUUUACAGAUAACAAGAAAUAAUCACAUAUAUACCAUUUCUUUUUAAUCAUCCUCACAUGAAAAAAGGUAACUUGGAUAAAGAAUGAGACCAAGAUAUCAAAUUCGGACCUUUCUGCUAAUGAGUCCAGCGAGAAUGCUUCCAAGUUCUUCACCAGAGUCCUCUUGUACAUGAUGCCCUGCCUGCAAACCAAAUUUUGCCACAAAAUUGUUUAGUUACAAAAAAAUUUCUAGUGUUUGUAUGGAGGUGACACUUUGACUCAUCACUUAUGAAUGGCUCAUUUGGGUUAUUUUUUA